AUGAGUCAAAGGUAUACUUUUGAGAAAAACUCUUCAAGCAGGACAGAUUUUUCACGUGGAUGGGACGAUAGCACAACAACGACAAGAGAUAUAAAAGGUCUCACUAAGAAUAAUUCUCGUGAUUCACUAAUGUCCUAUAAACACAGAAAUGGUCAACGCAGCGAAUUUAAUACAAAAAAUAAUAAAGAAUCUAAUUUUUCUUAUGAUUGGUUAUCAUCUAACCGUUCUAUACCUAAUGGACAUCGAAACUAUGCUAACUUAGAAGAUAAUGAUGUGGAUGAUCUCAGCGAUUUAGAUAGUGAUGACGAUGAUGUGGAUGUUGAAGAUGAUAUUGACGACGAUGAUGAUGACGAAGAAGACGAAGAUUGGGUCGCUUCUGAUCAUGACAAAAAGCGUUCUAGUCGUACCUCUCGAACACAUAUUACUCAUUCCUCGCGUAAAACUACCACCAGUAGUCAUAGUUCACACCGGAAAAUCUCUUCUUCUCAUGGAGGUGAUCGUUCUCAACGUAGACCUGGUGGAAGUUUAUCACGAACAAGUCAUUACAAUUCUUCUUCUGCAAGUACUCGUGUUACCGCCUCUUCGAAUAAGACAUCUUCAAAGUCUGCUGGUCGGCCUAAAAAUAGUAGUCGAUAUCAAGGUGGCGGGGGUGGUGGAGGAAGCGCUAGAACAACAGCUCAUACAUCUAGUCGAAAAGUCAAUAGACGUAGACGUGAAAAAGUUAAAACAACCGAUGAUAACAAUAAAAAUCCACAAAAAUCAUUUGAAUCAUCAAUACCGAAUGAGUUAAAAAAGCCGAGACAACCAGAUACAAAAUAUUGUUCUAAUGAAUGUGGUCGUAAACUUGCUAUCAAACGUUUAGAAACUCUAUUACCAGAAAGUUGUAAAACUUGGUAUCCUGAUCUUUUAACAAAAGACAACAACAGUCUAUAUGGGCUGUCAAAAUUACCUGAUUGUAUGGCGACUCUACUGGAUAAAUCACGUCUUGAAGAGAUUAGCCGAGAACAAUGUACAGUACAUAAUCGACUAGUUGAAUUAGAAAUGGAACAUCAAAAAUUAACAGAACUUAUUAGUCGGGCUCAAGGACGUAAAACUGGACGAGACAAGGAACAAACGCUUUCUGCAGUUGAUCAAGAUACUGAACAAGUUGAACAAAUGGAAUCUAUAAUAUGUGUCACGUGUUCAGCAGAGGUCAGUAUGCGGCAUGCCUUAAAGCAUAUGGAGAAAUGUUUUCAAAAGAUGGAAGGCAAUACUGUAUUCUGUGCUAAUCAAAAAGAACAAAUCAUCGGUACUCCGUUAUUUUGUGAUGCUUAUGAUUCACAAGCUAAAGCGUAUUGUAAACGAUUACGUGUUGUUUGUGAACAUUAUAAAGAGCCAAAGUUACCUGCAGAUACAGUGUGUGGAGCACCACUUGUUCGUGAUGUAUUUAUUGAAACUGGUGAAUUCUGUUCUAUACCGCAUAAUAAGUGUACUAAACACUUCGGCUGGGAACGUUUACGUCGUGCGAAAAUUGACUUGGAAAGAUAUCGUUGUCUUAUACAAAUGGAUGAAUUAAUGCAAGAGGAGAAUCGACUACAACGGGCAAUCUCUCAACGUGGUGGUAUCCUUGGCAUGCUUCUACACCAAACUAUUGAUCAUAAUCCAGAGAAACCAAUACCCAAACCGAAAAAAUUAAUUCAAAAUAAUUCUCGAAAUAAUAACGCUGCCGCUCCUGCUCCUGCUGUUGCCGUUGAUGACGAUGAUGGUCACGAUGCUGAAUCUUAUCCUAUUUUUAUGUGGUAG